UUGGGUCAUUAUGUCCCUGCUCCUCUGGGUGGAAGAUCUCUGGGAUGGUUCACACUAAAUUAAUGUACAUAAAUCAAGGCAAAACAUCUCUUGCUAAUGCAGAGAAAGAUGUGCCACUACUGCUGCUACUGAUGUCUGUGUGUGUGCCUGUUCCAGUCUGCAUGAGCAGGUGCAGUGCCAGGCAAAGCAGAGAAAGCAAAGCAGCUGGAGAUGUGAGGGGCUGUGGGAGGACAUGUGCCAUAUCAGGGUGUUCCUUAGGGUGGAAGGCGUGGAAGAGCUGCAUCUAGCUGAUCUCUGAGCAACGCCUGAGGCUUACCUGCACCAGAUAGUGCCAGCCCACAUCUCCAGUGGCCAAGCCCUUUGCUGCAAGCAUGGACAUCGUGGAGAGGGUCCUCUCUGUGGCCCAGGCCAUCUAUGCCCAAUUCGAGCAGGUGAAGUGCUGUAAGCACCAGUGCCAGCGCCUCGUGGAGCGCAUCCAGAUUCUGCUGGAGCCUGUGAGGAUCCUUAGGGCUCAGCCACGACAGCACAUCUCCCACCAUGAAGAGGAACUGAUGAAAAAGCUGCUCCAGGCACUAGGGGAAGCCCAGAAACUGGUGAUGAAAUACAGCCAGACCAGCUGGAUCCAGAAGUUCCUGCGAGCCCGAAGUACUGGUGAGGAGUUUGUCUGGGUGAAUGAAAGCCUGGAGGACAUUGCCCAGGGGCUCUCACUCCUGCUGCAGGCAGAGCAGAAGCAGGCUUUCCUGGAAGCUUUCCAGUCAAAGAUAUGUCGCAGGCAGGAUGCUGAGGACCUGAGGGAUGACAGAGCUUUCUUGGACCAGGUGAUUGCAAGUACUGAGGAGCCCAAAGAUGUGGUUGAGAAGAUCUACAGUGACAGGGAGUAUAUGGAGAGCAAGGUGGACUGGAUGCAAAGCGAGCUGAACAAAGUCAUUCGUGAGAUGGAGCGCUUGAAGAAGGUCAAUGUUGGUAAAAGAGAAGACAUCACUGAGAUCAAGAGAGACCACCUCACUUUCCACAGGCACCUGCAGGACACAGAGAGCUACGACCUUUAUGAGGGCGAGUACCUCAAGUACCCUGUUGCCAUCAAAACCUUCAAGAGGCCACUGACCACUGACCCAGUCAAGGUGAGAGACAUCUUUGAGAAGGAGAUUCAGACCCUAAAGAAGUUUGAGUCUCCAAACAUCCUGCGCAUGUAUGGGAUCUGCAUUGAGGAGAAUGAUGGGAGCCCCUGCUUCUCCAUCAUCAUGGAGUACUGUAAGCACGGGACACUGCGGGAUGUGCUGAACAAGCAGCAGCAUCUUUCCUGGGAUAUCCGAAUUCGGAUGGCCCUGGGAGCUGCCAGAGGCCUUUACAGCAGCUCUUCCAGCCCCUGCUGGAAAGCUGAAGCUGGGACAAUUCACCUGCCUUCACCUCUGGUUUUGCUUGCAGGAAGAGACCCGUGCUGGGCAGCACACACGGCUGCACACCAGCCUUUGCUGCCCAGGGCACCUCACUCUGCUCUCUUCAUCUCAGGUGCAGUCAGCUGCACCACAGGUUUCUACUUCUCUUUUUCUCAUUCUCUCAAUCAGCUGUCAGGAUUUGAGCUGUGUGAAACAGAAUCAUCCAUCAAGAGGAAAGUCAAGAAGGAAUGGAAACAAAUCUCUAUGUUGGCUUACAUCGCUCCAGAGAACCUGAAAGACAUCAACUACCCUUAUAAGAGGCCCUGUGAAAUAUACAGCUUUGGGAUCGUUCUGGCAGAGAUUGCAACCUCCAAAAUCCCAUUUGAAGGCUGCACUCCUGAGGAGAUUGUGGAGAAAAUCUGCAAUCACCAUUACUGGGACCCUCUUGGGGAAGAUUGUCCUGAAGACCUGAGGAAAGUCAUUGAACAGUGCCGGGCCUUUGACCCUUCUCAACGCCCUUCUGCUGAGGAGAUUGUGGACUUGCUGGCUGACCUGGAGAAAAGCAGAAACCAAGGAAGUUAACCAUGGAAAACGGGGCCAGGUGACCAGGGGCAGCAAGCCCAGGGUACCACUUGUCCCUCUUUCCCCUCACAGAGACCGAUGGUUCAAUACUCCUGCGUGUGUUUCUGUGCGUGACAGCUUCACCUCGCCAAGGGGCCGUGCCUGGGUGGCCUCGGGGGCAGCUGGGGAGUGAGGUGACUUGAGGAGAGGCUGUCAAGAAGCCUAGGGGGACCAGAGGAAUGGAACAUAACUUCUUUUACAAGAAAAGGCUGAGGGAGCUGAGCCUGUUCAGCCUCGAGAAGAGACGGCGACUGACAUGAGAGCCCAUCAGUGUCUGUCCCUAUUUGAAGAGAGACUUCAGAGCAUGGACCAGGCUCUGCUGGGCGGCACCCAGCAAUAGGACAAAAGCCAAAGGGCAGAAAAUGUUACAUAGGAAGUUUCACUUGAAUAUCAGGAAGAAUUUCUUUUCUGUGCGGGUGAUCAUACACUAGAACAUUGCUCAGAGA